AUGCCAAGAAAGCAAAGGUUUAUCCACCAUGGCCAAGUGGUUUCGCUUCCUGAAGCGCGAUCAGCCGCUGUCCGUGUAUUUCUUUGCCGUGCCUCGUCUGAGCCUGAGCAUAAUGGGCUACUGGCCUGAGAAGUCGGGCGACAUCCUGCCCUGGCGAUCCCUGGCCCACUUUGUGAUCCUGGCCAUUGGCGUCGUCACCGAACUGCAUGCCGGGAUGCGCUUCCUGGACCAGCAGCAGAUCACCUUGGCCCUGGAGACGCUCUGUCCGGCGGGCACGUCGGCGGUCACGCUGCUCAAGAUGUUCCUCAUGCUGCGCUACCGCCGCGAUCUGGCCGCCAUGUGGAGCCGCCUGAGGAGCCUGCUCUUCGAUUCGAAGACGGAGCUACCCGAUCAGCGGCAAAUCCGGCUGAGCCACUCGAUUAUGGCGGCCCGCAUCAACUUCUGGCCCCUGUCCACCGGCUUCUUCACCUGCACCACCUACAACCUGAAGCCAAUUCUCAUCGCCCUGGUGCUCUUCCUGCAGCAUCGCGGCGAUGACUUCGUCUGGUUCACACCCUUCAAUAUGACAAUGCCCACAGUUCUUCUAAGAGCGCCAUUUUUUCCCCUAACCUACAUAUUUAUUGCCUACACGGGCUAUGUUACCAUCUUCAUGUUCGGAGGCUGUGAUGGCUUUUACUUCGAGUUCUGUGCCCACUUGUCCGCACUUUUUGAAGUGCUGCAGUCGGAGAUACGUUCGAUUUUUAAGCCCUACAAAGAUCACUUGGAACUUUCGCCGGUGCAACUGUACAAUUUGGAGCAGCGAAUGCGGGCGGUGAUCAUCAGGCACAAUGCCAUCAUAGAUUUGACAAAGUUUUUCCGGGAGCGCUAUGCGAUUAUCACAUUGGCCCACUUUGUGUCCGCCGCCAUGGUGAUUGGUUUCAGCAUGGUCAAUCUGUUGACCGUGGGCAACAAUGGUUUGGGCGCCCUGCUCUAUGUGGCCUAUACGAUUGCGGCACUGAGCCAAUUGCUGGUCUAUUGCUAUGGCGGAACUCUGGUGGCCGAAAGUAGCGCAGAGCUCUGCCAAGUAAUGUUCUCCUGUCCCUGGCAGUUGUUCAAGCCUCCGCAGCGACGACUGGUUCUCUUUCUGAUCAUGCGAUCCCAGCGACCCAUGUCCAUGGCGGUGCCCUUCUUUUCACCUUCACUGGCCACCUUUGCUGCGAUUCUUCAGACCUCGGGCUCUAUAAUUGCCUUGGUUACAUCUUUUCAGUAG